AUGACCGACGUCGAGACGCCGUUGCUUUGGUGCAUUGACGAGCGGAAUGUGGCAACCCGUCGUGGCCGUAUCGUUCGAAAAGUCAGCGAACGUUAUUUACGUGAUGAUCUAAGCUGUUCACUACCCAAUUGCGCGCUUUGUAGUGCCGAUGACGAUGCAUCAGCAGCCACACAUGUUUUAGGCAUGACAAAGACGUUAUUAGCUGAAUCGCCGCGUAAUGGAGUGUACUUAUUACCAUCGAUGAAGACAGUAUUGCUGCAAAUGGAUGUAUUAGAGUUUAGUAUCAAAAAUAGCACGAAAACUACUCACGAUCAGGGAGAUUCUGAAGUCUUUGCGGAUGUUCUGGUUCUAGAAACUGUCUGGGAAUAUGUUAAACGUCAAGAUUUGGGCGUUUACAAUCGUCUUCGUGCGUUAUUAAUGAAUGCCGAUCGACGAUUUGUUGUGUUUGCUAAUGAACAUCAUCGAGCUUGUUUUGUUCAGAAGAAAGAAGUGUUACCACAAGGGUACAGAGAGAACAAAGUCGAGGACAUUGUCACUUUGGAAACAGAAGAUGAACGCAAUGAACGUGCGGUAACUACUGCUUAUAAUUGGUACGUUGAUCAUUUGCAGAAACUCGAUCGAAUGGAUGUCAAGAUUUUGUUUUUAGCAAAUGAUGAAGAAGAUUUAAAACAAGCUCAAAAAUUUGGCCUUCAAGAUGGCAUGACAAUUGCUGACUUUGUGAAGCCUGUGUCGACGAAGUAUCCAGAAUUGCAAGAUCUUUUAUCGGCUUCUGCAGCUGAGGAGAAAGAGAUGAGUGUGGAGGGAGUCAGUACCACCAAAGGACGGAAUCGGAAACAACUGUAUCCAGAGCAUUUAAGUGCAGGCGAGUUACUAGCAGGUAUAAAGAAUCAGAGAUUUUUUAAAGGGACAUUACGAUGCAAUCGGGACCAUUGGCUUGAAUGUCAUGUGUUGAUUCAUGGUACAAAUGGCGUCAAAAUUCCGGUACUUUUACAAGGGCGCGAACAUAUUAAUCGAGCAAUUGAUGGUGAUCUCGUCGCGAUUCAGGUGUUACCACAGGAUCAAUGGAAGAAACCAUCAGAUGCAUUCGCUGCGAAUGGUUCGAUUGAAGAUGACGAAGAAGACAAUGAAGACAUUCAAUCAGAACAAGCUGGUCUUGCUGAACCCACUGUGCCUUUAGAGCAAGUGGCGCUUCUUCAAAGUGAUAUCAAGCCUGCCGGACGUGUAGUUGGUAUCAUUGAACGCAAUUGGCGCAAAUUUUGUGGCUCGUUGGAGCCUCCACGUGACGGUGCAAUGUUAAAUGCCUCUGGUAGUUGUCUUGUCGUGCCUGUGGAUCGAAAGGUACCAAAGAUCAAGAUCCAAUCACGGCAAUUGAACACACUUAUGGAUAAGCGCAUUCUUGUAGCAAUUGACUCAUGGCCUGCGUACAGCAAAUAUCCAUUAGGUCAUUAUGUGCGUACAUUGGGUGUAAUUGGCGAUAAAGAGACCGAGACGAAUGUGUUACUGAUCGAGCAUGACAUUCCUUGUGAUCAAUUUAGCGACGAAGUCAUGCGUUGUUUACCACCAGAAGAUUGGCAAAUUACUUCAUUAAACUCCAAAGGUCGACGUGAUUUACGUGAUUUGCCAGUUUGUAGUAUUGAUCCACCUAAUUGUAAAGAUAUUGAUGAUGCUUUGCAUGCAAAGUUAUUACCAAAUGGUCAUUUGCAAGUUGGUGUGCAUAUUGCUGAUGUCACGCACUUUGUGCCACCAGGAAGUGCAUUAGACGAAGAAGCAGCAGAUCGUGGUACUUCGACGUAUCUCGUAGACCGUCGUCUUGAUAUGUUGCCAGGUUUAUUAACUACAAAGCUUUGUUCACUUACGUCGACUGAAGAUCAUUUUGCAUUCAGUGUUUUGUGGGAAUUGAAGCUUGUGGGUGACAACGAUGUUGAGGUUAUUGAUGUGCAGUUUUGCAAGAGUAUAAUUCGUUCUAUCGCAUCCUUAUCCUAUCAACAAGCACAAGAGCUUUUAGAUGAUCCAGAUGCUGGAAGCGUUUAUGGUUGCGAUCAGAAGAAAGUGAAGAAAAAACAAGGCAAAAGUGACGACCAGUGGAAACGUCGUCAAAUACUUGGAAGUGGAAUCAAGACGCUGAAUGUCAUUGCGACUCGUUUACGUGCGAAACGAAUUGCAGCUGGUGCAUUGACACUUGCGUCGCCUGAAGUUCGAUUUGUCCUUGAUACCGAAACUCAAAACCCAUUAGAUGUGCAGAUGUACACUCUUCGGGAUACUAAUGCACUUGUAGAAGAAUUCAUGCUACUGGCAAAUAUUACAGUCGCUAAGAAGAUUGUACGUCACUUUCCAACCUUUUCAAUGUUGCGUCGUCAUCCUGCACCGUCAAAGCGCCAAUUUGAUUUAUUAUGCAGUCAAGCGAAGGCUGUGGGUGUUGAUUUGCAUGUCGACACAUCAAAACAAUUACAAGAUUCAUUGGAUUCUGCGGACAUAAAUGGCAAUACAAUGGAGAACAAGAGAAAACAAUCUGGACUUGCAAUAAAUCCAUAUUUCAACAAGCUAUUGCGCAUUAUGACCACACGUUGUAUGAUGCCGGCGAGUUACUUUAGUUCUGGAGAAGUAGCACCAUCCGAAUUUCAUCAUUACGGUCUUGCUGCCCCCAUCUACACUCACUUUACAUCACCCAUUCGACGGUAUGCUGAUGUAGUCGUCCAUCGUUUGCUGGCAGCAGCAAUUGGAGUUGCACCGUUACCGCAAUAUCUCGAGAAUAAAUCGCAUUUACAUGAAAUAAGUGACCAGCUUAAUCGUCGGCAUCAUGCUGCUCAACUUGCUGGUCGUGCUUCAGUGACACUUCACACGAUACUUUACUUUCAGCAGUAUCCUACUCACACAGAUGCGGUGAUUACGAAAGUUAAGAAGAAUGGGGUGGGGGUGUUAUUGCCUCGUUUUGGAAUAGAAGGCAUGAUCUUUGUUUGUGAGAAGGGUGAAGAAGACGAUGAUAAGGUUGUACACUUUGAUGGUACUCAUCAUACGCUGACGUUAGUUCAACAAGCUCAUCGUAAACUGCAAGUCUUUGAUCGUGUUCGUGUUAAAGUUUACGUGGCUUCCACUUAUGGCAAUCGCCAAGAAUUGAAAAUGGAUUUGCUGAAAGAAGAUGACGAGGAAGACGACAAGGUUGAAAGUGAAGAUCAGAAACUGGCUGAAGCGAAUCUUCAAGCGGUUCGCAAGAAACGUAAGGUUGCUUGA